ACAAUUGAAUGACGUACUGAAAUAAUUGUGUAUAUUGGCUCUGCAAAACAGAGUUUCUUGACUAUAUUUUGGCAGGUCAUGGGGGUACUUGUGCAAUAACUGAAGAUGAAUGUUGUACUUUUGUCCCUGAUCGGUACUCUAAUGUUACCGAUCUCGCCGAAUACAUUGCCACUGUGGCUAAGAACAAUUCCCCACAGCCCGAGUGGAAGCUUGCAACUUGGUUGAAAUCUGUGUUUGGGAGUUGGGGAUCCCAGAUUGCCCAAUGGGCUGGAGCAUGUGUUUUUUUGCUUAGUCUAUCUAAUUGUAUUACUAACAUGUUGUAAGGCUUUUGUACCUCCCUAGCUGAGAAGGUUUCGGCAGCCAUUAUGUUUAAUGCUCUUCAAGAGGAUGGUGAGACUGAUGAGCUGCCGACACUGGACGAGCUUCCUUUUCCCCCUGUAGAUAAGGACGAUGUGUGAGAAUAGGGGAUUGUUUUUUUUUGACAAGUUUAGAAGGCCCAAGCGGAUUUCUUUUAUGUUUUGACUAGUCUAAGGAACAGUUUGUGCAGAACCGAUGUCGCUGCAACAUCAGGUGGUAUGGUGGUGACGGACUGAUCGUGUAUGGCGGAACCCUCAUUAUCACUGUUACCCAACUUGUGUCACGACUCAGGAUAUGACCCAGAUGCAGACUGCAACUGGCAACAGACAGAGAACACAGGUGAAGGACAUCUCACUGGAGGCCACAGGAGUUUUGUGAAGCCAGCAGGACAAAAUACAUGGCGAGAUGACCACCAAAUCACUGUUGAUGAGGGGAUAGGAAACUCAACCCAUCAUGUUAUAGAGUCUGCAGAUGCAGAGGAUACAGGUCCUGGUGUCAAGCAGGAGAUGACUGAAGGAGAGGAGGACCCACGGCACAGCAGAGACAUCCAGACUGGUGUGCCCCCUGUAGCCACGGAGAACCCCUCCACCGCCCAAGAGCAGUCCAGGACCCAAUGCAGCAUCAUGGAGGUCAGUGGAACGCUGAACGCCAUCCUCAAGUCAGAGACAGACACCGAGACUUUAACGGGGAUAAACCGACUGGGCUGUCAACCUGCUCCACGCUCAGAGUAUUUACUUUACGGCAACCUGAGCCCAAGGACUAUUCUGUCCCAUCGGGACUCAGGUGACACUUUACAGACUGUCAAUGAUCCAUUGUGUUCAUACACUACAGAGACAGAGAUGAUACCUGGUGACAUGCCUGUGGUAUUAGAGACACAGACUAAUCCAAUGAAAGUGGACUGGAACCAGUACAGUAGUAGUGUAUACUCGGAAGGGUGCCGAGAUAAGAAAGGGGAGGGUCUGGUCGUAGAUGAGGUGAUUGUGAAAGUGGAGGACGAUGCUCUUCUGAUAUGGAGUGCAGACGAAACUCACUUAGGAGAAGGACACUCGCAGGGCAACACCAGUGACUUCUUAGACUACAGAGAAAGCUUAGAGACAAAUCUAAAUGUUGAGACCCACUCCCCUUUACACGAGUUCAAGGAUCGCGACCCAUUAUCCAUGUCGAAGGGGCCUUCCGAUUCACGCAUGGAACAAAAGGCCAAGGCGCGAGGAGGGGGAGCCACAUCAGGCAAUAGUAAAGAAAAACGGUUCCUCUGCAUGUUCUGUAACAAAGGCUUCCGCUGCCCCCAGAAGGUGGACAUCCACCAGAGGGUUCACACAGGGGUGAAACCCUUCAGCUGUACCCAGUGUCACAUGCGUUUCGCCCAGGCAUGCACCCUGAAGAGGCACCAGAGGGUCCACACAGGGGAGAAACCCUUCAGCUGUACCCAGUGUCACAUGUGCUUCGCUCAGGCUGGUGACCUAAAGAGGCACCAGAGGGUCCACACGGGAGAGAGGCCUUUCGCCUGUGCGCACUGUGGGAAGAGGUUCUCAGAGAAGAGCUACCUCAGGUUACACCAGCAGAAAAAACACUCCACUCUAUAACAAACACUUAUAUCAAAAGAGAAAGAUUCAUUUUAGUUGUCAUCAGAAAAUAUCCACAGAUGCAUUUGGAUAUUCCUGGGUAGAAUAUUACAUCCAGACAUUGUGUUAAGGAAUACUGUAUAUACAGUCCCUACAGUGCAUUUGGAAAGUGCAUUCGGACCCCUUGACUUUUUCCACAUAUUGUUACAUUACAGCCUUAUUCUAAAAUUGAUGAAAUCAUUUCCCCCCC